GAGAAAUUAAGAAAUAAAUAGACAGAAUAAUCAGAAUAUAGGUCGAAACAACACAAUUUUAAUUUUCAAUCCAUAAAAAGUGUAAAAAUGGACGGAUUAUUUAUCCACCAUAAUGUUGCGUUGUUGUUCAUUAUUCCCAUAUUUCUGAAAACAUGUCAGUGUAAUGCAUUAUCUUUAAUGCAAGGGCAAGAUGGAAUCCUGAUUUUCCCAUAUCCAUGUAACAGUACGUCAGUCACGUUACAAUAUUCAUACAGAAAUCCAUUUUACAGAUCAACGGAUGAAUCGCAACUGUCUUUACAGAAAAGUCAGGAGCACAGAUACAGAGUAGAGUUAACACGUGAUGAGGACAGUCCUAAAGAAUGCUUUGUCAACCUCACAAUUAGCAGUAUCACAAGAGACGAUCAAGGGACAUACAUUCUGUUUGUAUAUAUGGAUAGGGAAAUACUGGGUGAUGCAACACAGAGGAUUUGGCUAGGAGUUGAUUAUCCUCCAGGAAAGGCAUCGGUCGUCGGAAUGGAAGCAAAGGGUGGAAACUGGAUGGCUGUGGAUUUCACAGCUCCGCUGGGGAGCAUUGGAGGGAAGAUAGAAUGUUAUCAAGGUGGUGAAUGGAUGCCUCCACUCUCUGAACCAACUGAGACUGAUGCGUUAUUGAAACAGACUAUUCUCAUCAGAAAAUCACACCCUGUAUUUUGCUGUUCUUCUGUUUUCAAUGAAGAUAAAGAUGUAUGUGCAUGCAAUGAUACUGCAUUGUACCUGGAGCCUUCCAGCAGCAAUACGCCAUGCCCAACUGUCCCAAGGAAAAUUCCAACAACCUCUCGGUACAGAAGUCCAGAAGCUUCAGAGAUCACAUUGUCUGUCACCUCUACAAACUACAUCCAAUCAACAUCCACAAAAUUCCAGGAUGCCUGUAAUAAGUCCCCACAUAAUCUGAAAAUGGCACUCAUAAUUUCACCAAUUGUUAUGGUCAUUGUAGUAAUGAUCCAAUGUCUCCUUUGUAUAAAGAGGAGACAGAAAUGUAGUACCAACAAUAACAGAUUGUAUGGCGCUUCUUCAUCAAAAAGGUUUGAAGAUAAUAAUAACGAUGCUCAAGAAAGUACAAUGGUGAGAUUUAUUUGAAUUGGAGAACAAAGUGAAUGCUACUGCCACCAGUUCAUCAAGAAACCUCCAAUCCACAAUUUCUGAAACGAUAGGCCUACAGAUUGUAAUAAUAAUAAUAAUAGAUGGGAUUUGUAAUGCGCCAAAUCCCCUCGGCAGAGUGCCCAAGGCGCAAUGAAAGAAAGAAAGAGAGAGAAAGUAUAAACAAAUAAAAUGAUAAAUCAAGGAACAUUGUGCUGAUUUUAUUCCGCACUCAGUCAUCGAUGAUAAAUGCAAGAAUGAAAAGAAGUAAAAUCAAACAGAAAAUAGUUCAGGAACAAGUUCCAUGAAAAAUGAAAUGCCCUGAUUAAUGGGCUGAUAUAGGCUCUCGAGCCAGUCAGAACUAGAUUUUUUUUUAGGUUCUAUAACUUCUAUUUGCUUUGUUCAACUUUGCCGCCCUGUGUGCUUUUUCUCUGAUGUUUGUACAAUACAAAGCUAAUUUAUAUUUCUUCUCAGUGCAAUUCAUGGAUCUUGUAGCACCAAACAUAAUGGUAUGUCAACUAUCAACUCUAAAUUUUCUAAUAGGUAUGACAAAGGCCAAUGUAUACCUCACCAUCAUCAGUAGCAGCAGCAGCAGCAAUUAAAGCAAGUUUUGGGACUCUUCAUUUAAAAAUAUACAAUAUCAAAAAUUUACUCCAUGAAGGCAGCUGUGUAAAAAAUAUUGCAAAUAGAAAAAUAAUGAUCAAAUGCACUGGGUAUCACAGGUCAUAAUAGCUAAAAUGACAUUUUUCACAUUUGUAGAAUGUUCACAGGCUUCAUUGGAUUUUUCAGGGUCAGUCACAUACUGCACUUUGACAAUGAUAUUUAAGAAUGUAUUGAAACUAUUGAUUCCAUUCUCCAACUGGUUUAUAUAAUGAUUUAUACCUGUGACAAAUGGUUACUUUGUGUAGCAUAAUCUGAUAAAAAUAUUUAGGCAGAUGGCAGAUAGUAAUAUGUGAUAGUCUUCAUAUUUUCAAGCUCAUUAAAUUUUUCUCUACCUGCUAUAGGCAUGGGCCUAUUCAUCCAUUCUCAUGACAUAUACAAGAAGAUCCAUUUUUAAAUGAAAGAACACAUACUAGGAAUUAUGACAUCUUUAUUGCCAGCCAAAUUAGUCAUUCCUUACUAAGCUGUCAAUUCAUAAAACCAUUUACAGCUAACUUGCAUCUAAUUUCACUACCAAACUUCAAGUUGGUGAUAAGCCACUUCAACCCUCAGGGUGCUACAUAAGGACUUGCCCGAUUGCCCAGGGCAAGUAAAAGUUAAAGUCGGGCAAGUGUUUUGAAGUAAAGACCAAAACUACUUGCCCAAAUUGGGCAAGCGAAAUUCUCACAGUAGAAUUACCAAAAUUAGGGUCGAUACCGACCCUAAAUUUGAUCAUGACGGGCAAAAUAAAAUUACUUUGUAAAAAGAAAUGCAAGAAAAAGGAACAUCAGUUCAAGUCAAAAGAGAGAAAAAAAAGGUCAAGGGUUUCUAAAACUGUAAUGUUUUUUUUUUAAGAGGUAAAACUUUUUUCAAGGAUUUUGGGCAUGUGAAAUCAAUUUUCGGGCAAGUGUAUUCCAACUAUUUAAAAAUUUACUUGUACUGUCGGGCAAGUGCAUCUAAAAAGUUAUGUAGCACCCUUAAUGAAUAUAUUCUUAAAAUAGAGAUUGUGUAAGGGUGUCUGUAAUGGAGGGUGUUAUGAUGUGUGUGAUAUUGGUAAGUUCCUUUUGAAACUGAAUAGCUAAAAUAGACUCAAUUAAGAAUCAUUGCAUGGCUGGCAGAAGGGCGCACACACUAAAUCCCAUCUAACCUAUAAAAUAUCAACUUAUUUCAGACCAAAUUUACUAUGCAUGUUCAAUUUCAUCUUUUUAUUCAUUCAUCUAACUUUGGUCUGAAAUAAUUUCAUAUUUUAUAGGUUAGAUAGGAUUUAGUGUGUGCGCCCUUCUGCCAGCCAUGCAAUGAAAUAUCAAAUAAAAAAUAUAUAAAAUUCAAAUAUGUUUAGAAGUCAACUCCAUGCACAAAAAAAUGAGUGAAUAUUUGGAGA